AUGCUUUUCAGCAGACACGCAAAGCAGUCUACACACACCACAACCUUCGUAGUCUGGGACGACGACUCAGAGGUGAGGCUCAAACAGGACUCGAAGAAGAAGAAGAAGAAGCCGGCGUACACUACAGCACCUUCUACCAAAUCUGAAGCGCGACUCGCGAAAGAGGCGAAGGAUGCUGAGAAGUUGGCGAGGAGGAACGCUGCGCAUCGUCGGGCUCUACAAGCCCCUCCCAUCGCUGUGCCGGACACUUUCGACUGGACUCCUGAGACGGAUGAUCGAGGGAAGGUGGUGUCUGAGACUGCAGCGAGGCGGGUGUCUGAGACACGCAGGCCUGUCUCAACUGCGGGUAAGACAAAGUCGGGGACGACAGUUCAAGAAGCCAUCUCCAUCUUCUCCUACGACGAGGAAGAAGAGCCGGCCUCAUCAUCUCCAACCAGCAUACGACCAGACAAAAGCGCCACCAUGCCAGAGAAGCGGAAAAAACAAGUCCAAUUCGCAACAACCGCCUCUACCAUCCCCACGCCAUCACCCACCGACUACUCCACCGCCACCCCACCAGACCCCUCAACGACCAAAAGCAAACUCGGCAAGCGUCCUCGCCCCUCCUCCCCCUCCCCCGACGACGACGAGGACAACGACGACGUCGAGAUCCUCGCCUCCCCAGCAGCGAAGAAGUCCAAGUUCAAAUCCAGACAAAGCGCAGCCGGUCUCUCCACCCACCCAUCGAUCGCAGGAGGGAAGCGCAAAAGCCCUUCGUCACCUCCCGAAGAACAGCAGGGGAGUGCGAAACGCGUGUUCGUUGAAGAUGCUCCCUCCCCUCCGGACCCCAACCCUGUCACGCCUCCGUCUACCAUUGGCAAACGCCGCCGCGGGCCCGACGACGAUGCCCACGCUGGACAGGAAAGGAGUACCCCAAAGAACCGCCGCACCGCCCCCGAGACUUUCAUGCCAGACCUCCCGAUCCCAAUGGACGUCGACCCGGACUCCGUGGGCAAGAAAGCGGAGAACGACUGGCGGACUGGUGAAGAUGCGCGACCUAAACGAAGUCGUGAAGGGGAUGGAGAUAGAAACGAGGAGGAUGAUGUGGAGGGGUGGGGCUGUGAGGUCUGCGAGGGGGGUGGGGGUGGGGAGGAAGCGGUGGUAGAUGGUCGUUUUCGUCUCGGCCCUGCUGCUCAUUUGUGCACGCCGUGA